AUGAGCUAUAUUCAGAACAAUGGAGUCAAGGAAAUCACCUCUAACCUUUUCAGCACUGUAAAUUUUUAUUUAAUUGGAAAAGUCGACCCAAAGGCUGAAAAGAUGUUGCUGGAUGGAGGUGCCCACAAGUUCCAAUAUUUGAGUGACAUCCUCACUCACUGCAUUGCUGAGAGUGUUGAUGAAGAAGUGGUAGAGGCCAAAGAAUUAUAUCAGUUGAUUGUUGUCAAGAGUUCUUGGAUUCGUCUGUCUCUGCAGUGCAACACACUUUUGCCGUAUGUUUUGAAACAUUGUUCAUCGAUUGACUAUUUUGUAUUUUUUUCAAUGACAUUUUUUUUAUAUUAUAAUAAUGAAUUGUUGGACAUUAGAACAAAACCGUUUGAUGUUGAUGCUAAGAAUUUGCUGUCGGGUGUCACCGUUUGCCCUUCUCAAGUUUGCAGGAAUUAA